UAGCGAGCAACCAUCUUUUUCUUUUGUACGUGAUCUUUAUCGAUUUCAUGGAUCCUGGACUAGCUGCCCCUGCCCCUAUAUAACCAAAACCACCCAGCAUUGUUUUGUUGCGCACAACUACUAUACGGCCUUGCAAGAGUCAUCAGUAGAGCUGAGCUCGCUAGCUACUGGGCAAUUAAUCAGAGUUCCAGCAGAAAAUGCAGAUCACAUUGGGCAUGUCAAGCUCGAGCGGCUCUUGGUUCUCCUCCUCCCUGCUCUUCAUGAUCAGCCUGCUUGCUCUCCUCUGCAGCUCCCUCACCGUUGCCAAGGAGCAGUACCAUGAGUUUGCGAUCCAGGAGGCGCCAGUGAAGAGGCUGUGCAAGAUGCAGAACGUGAUGACGGUGAACGGGCAGUUCCCGGGGCCGGCGGUGGAGGUGAGCGAAGGCGACUCCCUGGUCGUGAGGGUGAUCAACCGGGGCAGCUACAACGUGACGGUGCACUGGCACGGGGUGCGGCAGAUGCGGACGGGGUGGUCGGACGGCCCCGAGUACGUGACGCAGUGCCCCAUACGGCCGGGGCAGAGCUACAGCUACAGGUUCACCGUCCAGGCGCAGGAGGGCACGCUGUGGUGGCACGCCCACAGCUCCUGGCUCCGGGCCACCGUCUACGGCGCCCUCAUCAUCCGUCCCCGCGCCGGCGUCCCCUACCCCUUCAACGACGGCAAGCCGCCCGCCAGGGAGAUCCCCAUCCUGCUCGGGGAGUGGUGGGACAUGAACCCCAUCGACGUCGUCCGCGCGGCCACCCGCACCGGCGCCGCGCCCAACAUCUCCGACGCCAUCACCGUCAACGGCCAGCCCGGCGACCUCUACAAGUGCUCCUCCACAGACACGACGACGUUCCCGGUGAAGUCCGGCGAGACCAACCUACUGCGGUUCAUCAACGCGGCGCUCAACACGGAGCUCUUCGUCUCCCUCGCCGGCCACACCAUGACCGUCGUCGGCGUUGACGCCUCCUACACCAAGCCCUACGCCACCUCCGUCCUCAUGAUCGCGCCCGGCCAGACCACCGACGUCCUCGUCACCUUCGACCAGCCCCCCGCCCGUUACUACCUCGCCGCCCGCGCCUACGCCAGCGCCCAGGGCGUCCCCUUCGACAACACCACCACCACCGCCAUCUUCGACUACGGCGCCACCUCUAGCAGCAGCCCCGCGAUGCCGACCCUCCCGGCCUACAACGACACCGCCACGGCCGCCACGUUCACGACCAGCCUGCGCGGCCUCCGCAAGGCGGAGCUCCCCUCGCAAGUCGACGAGAGCCUCUUCUUCACCGUCGGCGUGGGCCUCUUCAACUGCUCCAGGAACCAGAACUGCGGCGGUCCCAACAACACGCGGUUCGCGGCGAGCAUCAACAACGUCUCCUUCGUGCUCCCGUCCACCGUCUCCAUCCUCCAGGCGCACUACCACGACGCGCCCGGCGUCUUCACCGACGACUUCCCCGCCAACCCGCCGGUGCAGUUCGACUACACGGCGCAGAACGUCAGCCGCGCGCUCUGGCAGCCCGUGCCGGGCACCAAGGUCUACAAGCUCAAGUACGGCUCCGUCGUGCAGCUCGUGCUCCAGGGCACCAACAUCUUCGCGGCCGAGAACCACCCCAUCCACAUCCACGGCUACGACUUCUACAUCCUCGCCGAGGGCUCCGGCAACUUCAACGCCACCACUGACACCGCCAAGUUCAACCUCGAAGACCCGCCGAUGAGGAACACGGUCGGCGUGCCGGUGAACGGGUGGGCCGUUAUCCGGUUCGUCGCCGACAACCCGGGGGUGUGGCUGAUGCACUGCCAUCUGGACGUGCACAUCACCUGGGGUCUUGCAAUGGCGUUCCUGGUGGAGGAUGGUGUUGGGGAGCUGCAGUCUCUGGAGGCACCUCCACCAGACCUGCCACUCUGCUGAACUCAAAGGAUCAAAUUAAGCAUUAACACUUGCAGUUUUAAGUUUUGGACAUUGGCUUACCUUAUGCUGAUUAUUUGGAAUAUUUUUAUGUACCAAUUCAAACUUGUUACCACAGCCAGACUAGCUGUCUGCAUUUGAUUCAUCAAGAAACAUUCUCUUCGAUGUAAUUCAGAUAUAUUGAAACAAUGAGCAACUUGCGAUGUAAUUCAGAUA